CCAGUGUAGUUCCAGUGCAACGAAAAGGAACAAACCUAUUAACUUCCUAACUUCAUGAUGUCGCGUGCGGCAUUUGUUUGCACUGAAGUUGUCUUUAAUAGAUUUGUUGUUAUAUAGCGAUCAGAUCACUAGUGUUGUAAACUGUUGAGAUUGUUACAAAAAGCAAAAGGGCUCGGUUCAAUGCGUAUCUAAUUUUAUCAGAUUUUCGCAGAGGAAAUGAGUUUUCCACAGAUCCAUUUUCAUAUAACACUUUUUUUAGUAACAUCCUGUGCUAGGUUAGAUUGCCCAACUGCACUGUAAAUCCUAUAACUACCACUUGAAAAAUAUAAUAAUCUAAUUUGAAGAAGUCGUUAGAGUUAAUUAUGGGCUCGUUGAACCUCAUCUGUCCUAUGUGUUGUGGCGAGACCUUCAAUAAUCCUCAAUCCCUCAAAUACCACUUGUUAAGUAUGACAGACAAUCUAUAUUGCCCUGGCUGUUCGCAGCGUUCUGACUCUGUAUCAGCACUCAUUCAACAUCUGGACAUGUGCGAGCAAGAUUUGAAAUACAAGGAUAUUAAGGGACAACAAAUCAAUCGGGGCUUUCUUGCAACUAUGAGUGACAAUGGGGUUGUCAUAAUGGGUGAUCCACAGAUGAUACAGAUGGAUGAGAAUGGAGAGAUUAAAGUCAUAGAAAAGAUGGAUACGGAAGGGAUGCAACCACAUCAAAAUUCUCUGGAUUUCAAGAUGUCCGAAGGACUAUCCGAUAUUACUGGUGGAGUACAAAGAAGAUCGCAGCCGUCGCAAGGAUUAGUGGCUAUUCCCAUAUCAAAUGCCAAUGUAGAUUGCAAAGCGACAUUGAUGGAAAAGAGCAUAAUUGCCGUAUUACCAGAAAAUUCUGAGCUCUUGAAUGGAGAGGCUACAGCUUUGAUCAAUGUGGAUCGCAUAAAUGAGGCAGAGGAGAUUGACAAGUCUGGUUUUUUGCAAGUCAAACGAGAACUAUGCGAGCUCGAGUCUGAUGCUGUGUACAGUUGUACCAGUUGUGAAAUGAGCUUUAAUUCCGUCCUAGAGCAUAUCAAGCAAUUCCACGAUGGCCAAGAAGUUUUAUUAGAAAUGGCAGAACAGUUGAAUGAUUUAGAGACGACGAAUCCAACAUCUGCAACAUCUGAAGGCUCAGAAAAUAUGGUAAAUGCACGACAACGGCAAACAAUGAAUACAUUGCGCACUGAAGAAUGUGUAGACAGUGAAGGUAGGCUCUACACUAGAAGAGUAGUACAAAUUGAGAGAUUCUGGGAUCGUACUCCAAUUCAAGUCACAACAUCACAGUCAACAAAGUCUCCUAUGAUUGAAAAAUUCUUCUCAAAUGUAGAAGGAGUUAAGGUACGAGAAAAACAAUGCUUGGCGACUGCAUCAAUGCAAAUGUAUAAGUGCAAUCAAUGUUUGCAGCAGUUCUCCAAGUUAGGAAAUUUUCGCGUGCACGCCUGUCUCCGAGGCAAUAAUCGUUGUGAGCACUGCGAUCAAAACUUUGCAACUCCUAAGGCUUUGCAACUCCAUGCAAAGGUGCACGAAAACGAAGUUGAUCUGAGCCAGAAGACAUUUAUUUGUACUAUAUGUGGUACUGAAUUUUGCUCCCACAAAAGCUUACGAUUGCAUUCUAGGAUGCAUGCCCCAGUGAGAGCCAGACAUGUUGAUGCACCCGAGGGUACUCCUAAUGCAACUUUCAUCUGCUCUGAAUGUGGUAAAACUUUAUCCGAGUCAUAUAAAGAUGCACACAUGACACUGCAUACCGGCGAUUCGGUGACGUGCACAGUUUGCAAUCGAAAAUUUGAUUCCGCGGACAGUCUAGCAAUGCAUGCAGCAGUGCACGUAGAACUUGCACCUCCGCAGUCGCCUACUCCGCAGAUUUCGGUUUCGGUUUCAUCCAUCGUAGACACAACGAUGACGCAAGCGAUAUCAACAACGAUGUCAACGAUGUAUGUACCAGUAACGACAACAUCAACAACGGCAGUAACAACGGUGACGACAACAACAAUGACAAUGGCAACAGUAACGACGGCAGAAUCCAGUGAUAACCAGAAGCCUUAUCAAUGUCAGCAUUGUGGACGCAGGUUUACCAGACCACAUGAGAAAGUCAAACAUGAGCGAAUACAUACUGGAGAAAAGCCUCAUGCCUGUGAGGUUUGUGGCAAGACUUUCCGUGUCUCCUAUUGCUUAACUCUUCACAUGCGAACGCAUACGGGUGUGCGACCUUACGCCUGUCAACACUGCGGCAAACGCUUCAAGGCAUCCUCCGUUUACAAUCAUCAUUUGCUGACGCACGGCGAAGAACGCGCCUAUACUUGCCCGUACUGCCCAAAGACAUUCAAGACGCGGGUACAGCUGGCCGGUCACAAGAACAGCCAUACGAAACCAUUCCGGUGCACCGAAUGUUCACGGCCGUUUGCAUCGCUCUAUGCCGUUCGCGCGCAUAUCCAGACUCACAAAAAGGACAAUAAUCUAAAGUUUAGUUGCUAUGUGUGUGGUGCAUCAUAUGGGCGAGCGUUUGCUCUUAAAGAUCAUUUGAAGCAGCACAGUCAAGAUGUGCUGGCACCACCCGAGCCAGCACGGGAGGAAGAGGUACAUGAGAAUUUCCUCCUCGGCGAGGAGAUCGAAGAAGACGAUUUUAUAGUUCCACCGCCACCGUCAUCACUACCGCCGCCACCGCUCGCUGUCAUCGCGCGUUCCUCUGCUGCGAAUGAUACCGAUUGAAGUCAAUUAUUGUAAUUCAAUUCUAGUCGAAUCAACACGUUCCAUAAGCUUCCUACAAGUUUACGUUUUAUGGAGACUAGAAAAUUUAACAUGAAUAAUUGUGUUAAAAUUUUUGCGCGAAUCUCAUGUGUCUCCGUAUGUCUAUGCGGUUGUGCAUUUCGUGAGUUGUGGGGUAAGUGAUAAAAGAUUUUUUACCAAAACUAAUUGCAAUUGAUUAGGAUCUAGUUGUAUGUAAACGUUGUUGAAUCGUUGAAUAAAGUUUAUUCGUUCAUAUUUUUUGUUUUCGUUCGUCGUUUCGUCAGGAAUUCGUGAGCUUUAUUCAAAAUCGAAGGAUUUAUCGUUAACAAAUAUAAAACGUUACAUUACUUUAAUCGAUACAACUAAACAUAAUUCUGCAAUGAGGAAUUACUAAAUAUUUAAUUUUCUUUAAAAAAAGAAACGAGAAAUAUUUGAAUCAUUUCUUAUAUUCUCGUCUUUCCAGAUAAUACAUCACAAAAA